CACCAAGGAAAUUGGUGUAGGUGCAGAAGUGAACCCUGGGGUGCUAACAAGAAGAGGGAGAUGAGAGGCUGGGAGGGUGUAACUAAUGCAGUAGAAGGACACCCCAGGCAGAGUUGGGGACACCCAGUGUAGAUGCUGCUGGGAGAGUGCAACCCAGACAGAACUGACCACUAGGAUUGGUGGACAUUGGUACAUGAUGACCAUGUGUGUCUGUAGUACAGCCUGCCCCUGGCUGCUCUGCCUUAGCUGGUCUGGUGUGCCCAGCUUCAGAGUAGCAUGUCAGAAACAGUCAGUGAGAAGCGUGGACUCAUAGCGCUCUGUACCCUCUGGGGCUACUCUCCUGUCAUGAUGGGCCCAGGUCAUUUGGGAGGCAGGGGUUCCUGCUGGGUACUGUGGGCUUUGCUUUGUGAACAAUAUCUUAGCCCUUUGUAUCUGCAGCCCUGGCUCACAACUCUUUGUCCCCAUGGCUGACUCUCCCUCCCCUGGGGUCCCUGACCAGGGAACAUAGCAUUAAUCACUGAGACUAAACAGCACCAGGCCCUCUUGGGGUAGCUACAGGGUUAGAGGAAGAGACCCCUGUGUGAUGGGAGGAUGGAUUCCCUGGCAGGAGUCCCUUUGUACACUCACCUGUUCUUGAUGGUUUUUAGGUUCUAGCCAUGCCCAGCCUCAGAGCUCGCCAAGAGGAGGCAGAGAUGGAGCUCUCAGCUCCUGGACCAUCCCCUUGGACCCCUGCAGCCCAGGCCUGUGUGAGUGAUGCUUCUAUUGUGACCCACCCUGGAUCUGCAGUCUGUGGUCCCUUCUGCUCUGACAAUGCUAAGUUGGAAGUGAUCCAUCCUCAGCAGCAGCAGCCAGAUCAUGACACCAGAACUGAGGACAUGGAGUUCCUUCAGAAGGAAGGUGUCCCUGCAGAUUUUGAAUCACAGACUGAAAUACCAGAAAACUAUGCUGAUGAUGUUUCCCAGGCACCUGAGCUUGGAGAGCUCUGUGAUGAUGGCUCAGUCAGAGUUUGGGGAGUCCCUGAAGGUGAGAGAGGGGUUCCCCCCAUCUUCUGUGUGAGGGGCUCCACACCGGUGACAGUUCUCAGGAGCCCCUUAGGGGAGAAAGAACUGGAGUGUAAUGGUUUUGACAGAAGCCCUAGUCUGAGCCCAAACCUGAUGGCAUGUCAAGGGAUUUCCAUGGAAGAGUUGCCACAUCCCUAUGACACAUGUGGACAGAGCUUCCAGCGCAGCUUGGACUUAACUGACCAUGAGGAUUUCCCUACAACUGAAAGCCCGCUCAUAUGUACUAAGUGUGGGAAAACCUUCCAAGGAAACCCUGACCUUAUUCAGCAUCAGAUAGUUCACACUGGAGAGAUGUCCUUUAUGUGUAAUGAUUGUGAGAAAUCCUUCAGCCAGAACUCAGUCCUGGAAAACUGGCAUCCACCUCCUAUGAGUGAAAAAGCUUGCUGGCACAGAAAAUGCAGGAAAUCUUUCCAUGGGUGCUCAGAUCUUGCUGGACGCCAGAUUCCCCACAGUGGAGAAAGGCCUCACGUGUGUAGUGAAUGUGGAAAAGCCUUCAGCCAGAACUCAGGCCUUAAGAAGCACCAGAAGUCCCACAUGAGUGAGAAGCCCUAUGAAUGCAACGAGUGUGGGAAGGCUUUUAGGCGGAGCUCAAACCUCAUCCAACAUCAAAGAAUACAUUCUGGGGAGAAACCAUACGUAUGCAGUGAGUGUGGGAAAACCUUUAGGCGGAGCUCAAACCUCAUCAAACACUACAGGACUCAUACAGGUGAGAAGCCUUUUGAGUGUGGUGAAUGUGGGAAAGCCUUCAGCCAGAGUGCACACCUGAGGAAGCACCAGAGGGUUCACACCGGAGAGAAGCCUUAUGAGUGUGAUGCCUGUGGCAAGCCAUUCAGUAGAGUUUCCAACCUCAUUAAGCAUCACAGGGUUCACACCGGAGAGAAACCCUACAAGUGCAGUGACUGUGGGAAAGCAUUUAGUCAGAGCUCCAGCCUUAUUCAACAUCGGAGAAUUCAUACUGGAGAGAAGCCUCAUGUGUGUAAUGUGUGUGGAAAAGCCUUUAGUUACAGCUCAGUGCUCAGAAAGCACCAGAUAAUCCACACAGGAGAGAAGCCAUAUGGAUGCAGUAUCUGUGGAAAGGCCUUCAGCCACAGCUCAGCCCUCAUUCAGCACCAGGGUGUGCACACAGGGGACAAGCCCUAUGAGUGCCGUGAGUGUGGGAAGACCUUUGGUCGCAGCUCCAACCUCAUCCUUCACCAACGAGUCCACACUGGAGAGAAACCCUAUGAAUGUAGUGAAUGUGGAAAAACCUUCAGCCAGAGCUCAACCCUCAUUCAGCACCAGAGGAUUCAUAAUGGGUUGAAGCCCCAUGAAUGUAACCACUGUGGUAAAGCUUUCAACCGAAGCUCCAAUCUCAUUCACCACCAGAAAGUUCAUACUGGGGAGAAGCCCUACACAUGUGUUGAGUGUGGUAAGGGCUUCAGCCAGAGUUCACACCUUAUUCAGCAUCAAAUAAUCCAUACUGGUGAGCGGCCCUACAAGUGCAGUGAGUGUGGGAAAGCCUUCAGUCAGCGGUCCGUCCUGAUCCAGCACCAGAGGAUCCACACUGGGGUGAAGCCCUUUGACUGCGCUGCUUGUGGGAAAGCCUUUAGCCAGCGGUCAAAAUUAAUUAAACACCAGUUGAUCCACACCAGAGAGUAGCCUGCUGGGCUGGUGAGAGUGAGAUGAAGCAUGGUUUCUUCUCCAACUCCUUCCUGUCCAGUGUCUCUCACCUCCCAGACCUGAGGCCCAGGCUCCCUCCCUGUACCUCUGCCCUAAUCUAGUGGCUGCAGAGUCUGAGGCUCUCCUUUGAAACAUCUUUUACAGGCUCCCUUCCCAUGGCUGUUGCUUCUGCCUCAUGUGACCCCUCUGGUUUUGCUUUGUUUAUGCAGUUUAUGAGCAGA